AUGGUGAAAGAGCGAGAGCCUUCAAAGAUCCCCUCCAUACCCGGAGCGGAAGGAAAGAAGACACAGCAUCCAAAGCAAGUAGAAUUUGGAAGGCCGUCACCGCUUGGGUCUAUGAGUGCAAACCAGCGUCAUCCAUUUGUGAUUCCAAAAAGCAACAGACCUCGUCCUGAACAUCACCGUCCCGCGCCUAGCUCGACCUUGAAUGAUAACGCGUCAAAGGAAAAUGAUAAGCGAGCGUUCAACCCAUAUCAGGCUACGAAGCCAUCUUCUUUCAAAAGCCGUUCUACCAUAACAAUACCUGACGAUGAUAGUGUGGUAGAAAUAAUGAAGCCUACGAAUGCUGAUCGGACUACUUGGCGGACACCAGAGCCAAUGUUCACCUCAAAGCCCUCAGCCCCAAAAAUGGGCAAGGCAGCCAGCACCCUAAAGAAUUUCAUGGACCUUACCACGCCUGAUGUUGGGUAUGGAAGCAGCAACAACAGUUUUCGAGAUGAAAUAGUUGGUUCAGCAGACGCAUAUUCCUACAUUGACAGUGAGAAAGCCAACGAAAACAUCAAAGCGUUGCUUGAGGGUGCGUUUGAGGAUGAAGAUGAUAAGCCUCGGACCAGGUCACGCAAGAAAAAGAUCGAAAAGCAAGUUGAUGAACUAGCUGACAAGCUCAUGGGGGUCAAGGUGAAUGAGAACGGCGGAAACAAAAAAUCAGGAGAUAAAGAAGUCGAGGAAGUGGAGGAGGAAGAGGAAGAGGAAGAUGAUGGAACCGUGGAAGGUUUGAAGGUCAAACUUUUACCUCAUCAGAUCGACGGAGUGGCAUGGAUGAAGGAUAAAGAGAGUGGGCUUAAAAAGACUAGAGGCGUGCUGCCGAAAGGCGGUAUCCUUGCUGAUGACAUGGGUCUUGGUAAAACUGUUCAGACCAUUGCACUACUGCUCACUAACCCCCGGCCCCCAGUGAAGCCGGAGGGUAAGGAAGAAAUAUCUGAGAAAGGGAAGGAGAAGAAGGAUAAAUCCAAGAUACCCGCAAAUGUCUCGAAAAGCACACUUGUUGUAGCUCCACUUGCCUUGAUAAAGCAAUGGGAAAGCGAAAUUGAAUCCAAAAUCGAGCGAUCUCACCGUUUAAGUGUUUGCGUAUAUCACGGCACUGGACGCACAAAACACAGGGACGACCUGGACAGCUUUGACGUUGUGAUUACAACGUAUGGAACACUCAGUUCCGAGCACGGAAAAAGCGAUGGAUGUUUCGGGGUCCACUGGUAUCGGAUUGUACUCGAUGAAGCACACACAAUUAAGAAUCGAAAUGCUAAAGCCACACAAGCCGUCUAUGCAUUAAAUUCGCAGUAUAGAUGGUGUCUUACCGGAACUCCACUGCAGAAUAACUUAGACGAGUUACAAAGCUUGAUCAGAUUCUUGCGGAUCAAGCCGUAUGACGAGUUGGCUGCUUGGAGAGAGCAAAUCACUCGGCCUAUGAGCAAUGGCCGGGGUGGAUUGGCACUUCGCCGUCUCCAAGUAUACCUCAAAGCAUUCAUGAAGAGACGUACGAAGGAUGUUUUAAAACUGGAUUCAAAACCGGACACUGAGGACCCCAAUGGGGAGGAACUGAGUAAUGACCAAAAGCAAGGACCCUCUGAAGGUUUCAAAAUUGUGAAGCGAGACAUUGUUAAGAUCGAGGCUGAGUUUAGUCCCGAAGAAUGGGCAUUUUACCAGAGACUCGAACAACGUGCGGACAGGAGCUUAGAGAGAAUGAUUGGUGGUCAGAAUAUAAGCUAUGCUGGGGCAUUGGUUUUGCUUCUCAGGCUGCGUCAGGCCUGUAACCAUCCUGACCUAGUCAAGGGUGAACUUGCCAAAGAGCAAGAUGCCCUGAUGGGUGAUGAUACCCAGGGCAAGAAUAAAGACAAUGAUAUUGACAAUAUUGCCGAUAUGCUCGGUGGGCUGAGUAUGGCUACUAAGAGAUGUGAUGUGUGUCAGAUUGAGUUGAGCAAAGACGAGACCCUUGGUGGCGCAGCUCGCUGUGGUGAAUGCGAAGAAGACUUGAAGGCCCAAGUUAUCAGCACGGUCGUUACGGAGAAACAGCCCAAGCACAAGAAAAAGAAGACUAAGUCAAGGUCAAAGCCAGAGCCCGUGGAAGCCAAAGUGGAGAAAGAGUCCCAGCGAGCAAGGAGCCGCCGGGCCAGACCUAUUAUUAUUGAUAGUGACGAUGAGGAUGAGGAUGGAGAAUGGAUUGUUCCUGAGGAACAACGUGGCUCUGAAAACCUUACCGCCCCUGUGGGAUCUGACGGCGAAGAUGCUGACGGGGGAGGGGAGUGGAUUGGGUCUGAGGAUUCUGACACGGAUGAGGAUGAAGAAGAGGAAGAUGCCACUGAGUUAGCAACUGACGAGGAUGAGGAUGAAGACGAGGCUGGUUUAUCUCAGCCCACGUCCGAUGUCAUCCAUGAUGUCCAGACCUCGGCCAAAAUACGACAUCUAAUGAGGGUUCUCAAACGAGAAUCCGGUCAGUUCAAGUUCAUUGUCUUUUCGGUUUUUACCUCUAUGCUUGAUAAAAUCGAGCCCUUCCUGAAAAACGGAGGUAUCGGCUAUGCCCGAUACGACGGCGGUAUGAGAAACGACCUUCGAGAAGCGAGUUUGAACCGACUCCGGAACUCAAGCGGCACCCGAGUACUACUUUGUAGUUUACGCGCAGGAUCAUUGGGGCUGAACCUAACGGCCGCAAGCAGAGUCGUGAUCCUCGAGCCUUUCUGGAACCCAUUUGUGGAAGAACAGGCCAUCGACCGUGUCCACCGCCUGAACCAAACGGUUGAUGUCAAAGUGUACAAAUUGACAAUCAAGGGCACGGUGGAGGAGCGUAUACUUGAGCUCCAAGAACGCAAGCGCGAACUAGCCAAGUCUACUAUUGAGGGUAAAUCUGCGGCCGGCAAGCUGACAAUGAAAGAUAUGUUGGCCCUUUUUGGUCGAGAUGCGGAGUCACGGUCAUGGGACGAUGGCAAGUUAAGCUUUACGACAAAGAGUAAUAAGCUUCUUGACUCGAAGGAGAUGGCGACGCCAGGCUAUCAGGCUCAGACAGCCGGUGGCUAUGGGAAAGGGGGAAGCGGGAAGCGAGCCACGCCGCCGGUUAUGGAGCGCAAGGCGAGCGCCGGCUCAAAGAGGGAGGACCCCAUCUAUGGGCGUCGAUGGUAG